AUUUAGAUUGUUAUGCGCCAAAAAACUCAAGAAGAAGAGGGCGUCGUGACUAUUCCUCAUUCAGUAGCGCGCGUGUGUUUGGUCUUCUGAGAUCUGCUCCUCUUACUGUACAGCGAUCACAAUCACACCUUCAGUGAAACUCCUCCCUCAACAAAUCACACCUUCAGUGAAGCUCCUCCCACUGCAGUUCAUCAAUAAAUGCUGGAAUUUACCCAUCAACCCACAAGUGAAGAGAAGCAUCAAAUCAUCAGGAAGAAGUGAGACCGAGUUUAUUGAAGAACAGAGAGAACAUGAGAGAUCCAGAACCCUGCAGAAUCAAACACACUGAAGAACAAAAAGAGUUGACGGAAGAAAAUGAGGAGAAUGAAGAACUGUGUGAAGAGGAGAAACAACAUGUCAAAACUGAAGAAAAACAUUUGGAUUGCUCUCAAACCAGACAGAAAGAUUUAAAGAAAAUAAGAGAUGAGAAAUCAUUCACCUGCCCUCAGUGUGGAAAAACAUUUUUGUGGGCUUCAGCCCUGAAGAGUCACCUGAUAGUUCAUUCAAAGGAGAAACCACAUUCAUGUCCUAUAUGUGGAAAUAGUUUUUCACUACUGAAGAAUUUAAAAGCUCAUCAGAAGAUACACACUGGUGUGAGAGAUCAUAUGUGCUUUGAGUGUGAGAAGACUUUUAUUACAGCUUCACAUUUAAAACGACACCAGAGGAUCCACACUGGAGAGAAACCUUACAAGUGUUCACACUGCGACAAGAGAUUCAGUCAGUCAGGAGACCUGAAAUCACAUGAGAGGAUUCACACCGGAGAGAGACCUUACAUGUGUAAUCAGUGUGGUAUGAGUUUCAAACUAAAAACUCAACUUAAAGUGCACAUGGGAGUUCAUACUGGAGAGAAACCGUUCACAUGUGUUCAGUGCGGGAAGAGUUUUGCACAAUCAGCAAUGCUGAAGAAACACAUGAGGAUCCACACUGGAGAAAAACUGCAUGAAUGUGAUCAAUGCGGAAAAACAUUUUUGUGGGAUUCAGGCCUGAGGAGUCACCUGAAUGCCCAUUUAAAGGAGAAAGCACAUUCAUGUUCUUUGUGUGGAAAGAAAUUUUCACAUCUGCAGAAUUUAAAACAUCAUCAGAAGAGACACAUGGCUGUAAAAGAAUAUAUGUGCUUUGAGUGUGAAAAGACUUUUGUUACAUCUACAGAACUGAAACGGCACGAGAUGAUCCACACUGGAGAGAAACCUUACAUGUGUACACACUGUGACCAGAGAUUUAAUCACUCAGAAACACUGAAAAGACACGAGAAGAUCCACACUGGAGAGAAACCUUACACAUGUGAUCAGUGUGGGAAGAGUUUUAGACAUAAAGAUCCUCUUAAGGUGCACAUAAGGGUUCAUACGGGAGAGAAACCAUACCACUGCACUGCAUGUGAGAAAAGUUUCGCUCAAUCAAGUUCUUUACACAAGCAUACGAAAAAAAAUUCACAGUAAAUAGAUUAUCUUCAGAUCUACCAUUUUCAGGUCUGACACCACAUCAUUACCAAACAUGACAAAAUAAUGUGUUGGUCUAUCCAUUUGUAUGUGUACAAUAAAAAUAAAAAUCAUCUGUUGUUUUCACAGUUAA